GGCUUCUCUUACAUAUGCUGAAGCACAGAUGAGAAUUGAUUCAGCAGCCAUGAAUGAUGAUAUUACCACUAGUCUCCGUGGACUAAAUAAACUAGCUAAAAUUCUUAAAAAAGGAAGGAUUGAAAAGGGGGCUUUGACUCUGUCUUCUCCAGAAGUUCGAUUCCACAUGGACAGUGAAACUCAUGAUCCAAUAGAUCUGCAGACCAAGGAACUGAGAGAAACAAAUUCCAUGGUGGAAGAAUUCAUGUUACUUGCAAAUAUUUCUGUUGCAAAAAAAAUUCAUGAGGAAUUUUCUGAACAUGCUCUGCUUCGAAAACAUCCAGCUCCACCUCCCUCCAAUUAUGAAAUUCUUGUUAAGGCAGCCAAGUCCAAGAAUUUGGAAAUUAAGACUGAUACAGCCAAGUCUUUGGCUGAUUCUUUGGACCGUGCUGAAUCCCCUGAGUUCCCAUACCUGAACACUCUUUUAAGGAUAUUGGCCACUCGCUGUAUGAUGCAAGCUGUCUACUUCUGUUCUGGGAUGGAUAAUGACUUCCAUCAUUAUGGCUUAGCCUCCCCAAUAUACACACAUUUCACUUCCCCCAUCAGAAGAUAUGCAGACAUAAUUGUUCAUCGGUUGUUGGCCGUGGCUAUUGGCGCUGAUUGUACUUAUCCGGAGUUGACAGAUAAACACAAGCUUUCAGAUAUAUGUAAAAAUCUCAAUUUCCGGCAUAAAAUGGCUCAGUAUGCUCAGCGUGCAUCAGUAGCUUUUCAUACCCAGCUGUUUUUCAAAAGCAAAGGAAUAGUAAGCGAGGAAGCCUAUAUUCUCUUUGUAAGAAAGAAUGCAAUUGUGGUGCUAAUUCCAAAGUAUGGCUUAGAAGGUACAGUUUUUUUUGAAGAAAAAGAUAAACCAAAGCCACGGCUUACUUAUGAUGAUGAGAUACCUUCACUCAGAGUAGAAGGUACAGUGUUCCAUGUCUUUGAUAAAGUUAAAGUAAAAAUCACAUUAGAUUCAUCAAAUCUUCAACAUCAGAAAAUCCGCAUGGCCCUUGUGGAACCACAGAUACCAGGAAUAAAUAUUCCUCCUGAUGUUUCAGACAUGGAUCUCAGUGGGCCAGGAGGGAAGAAGAGGAAACUUGAGAAGUAGCUACAUGCAACAGAGAACUUCAAAGACUGACAAUUACCGUAGACAACAACAAAAUUGAAAGCAUACUUACAAACUGGUGUGCAUGAUAGUUACUUUUAAGUACAUUUCAAUAAUUUUAAGAAAUUUGCAUUUUUAUUGAGUUACUGACUAAAUCUAUCUUAGACUGUGCUUCUGCAACAACAAAAAUUAUGCAGAAAAAUUCAUUUGAAUAUCCAUCACUUAAAUGGUGACAGAAUAGCAACUUCAGGGAUCUGUGAUGAUCAUUUAAAUGGAGUACUCAUCUGCUCAUUGACGAGCAGAUUAAUUUUUAUAUAAGUGCUUUAUUUAAUAUAGAAAAAAUGCAAUUUCUGAGGAAAAUUAACAUUUUAGAAGCAAAGAACAAGCCUUUCUAAAUCUUGAGCUGUCAGUGUUUGGCAUUUGAUCUUUUUGCCAUUUUAAUUUGCCUACUUAUAACACUGUAUUCACACAUUUUGAAAAGCCUCCUUACUUUACUAAUGGUUCUCAGAACUGAAUGUUUUGGGAUUAUAAGAAAACAAAAACUCAGGUAUCUUGGAUUGGGAACAUUGUGAUGUUGUUAACAGGUGAUAAGUUCCUUAAUCUGUGUUGCUAGUGUUUCUCUCAAACAAGGCAUUACACUUUAGAGAAAGAAUCAAAGUAGAAAUGUCUGCUUUCUUACAAAAACAGGUAAUAGCUUUUGAAUUUUAGUUAUACCCAAUUAUAUAAGAGAGGAGGGAUUGUAUUAGACAUAUUAAAGGUUUUAGUUAUACCCAAUUAUAUACGAGAGGAGGGAUUGUAUUAGACAUAUUAAAGGAACAAAUGAAGUCUCAUUUGUUGUACCAGUUUGACUACCUCGUGCCUUGCAAAUCCCAGAUUAAUGAUGACAUUAAGAAAAUUUUAACAUUUGACUUUGCUUAAUCAGUUUCUAGUCUAGUAAACUACUUUUGUGGUAGUAACCAGCUGAAAAGUCCCAGGCUAUAAUGUAGGUACAGCUGUAUCCCGAAUACAAACACACAUUUAGUGCUGUUUUCCAAUUUCCUAUUACAGCAGAUAAUAUCCAUGUUAAGGCAGAACUUGAUUUAACUGAAGGAAGACAGUCUUAAGCAGCAUUUGGCCCACAGCAUUUCAGACUGCUAGCUGAACUAUAACUAUAGCACAGUCCUGCUGUACUUGUGGUUUAUAAGCUGAACUAUAACUAUAGCACAGCCCUGCUGUACUUGUGGUUUAUAAGCUGAACUAUAACUACAGCACAGCUCUGCUGUACUUGUGGUUUAUAAGCAGCCAAACAAUGUGUAAACAGGUAUGGUUAGGUUCCUGAAAUAAAAAGUCAAUUUUCCAAGGAGUAUAACAGAUACUGCUCAGCUUUACCCACCAGUCACUCAAAUUUUUCUGCUAUUGAGUUGAGCAUGUAGUUGAGUGGUAUAAUGAUUGCCUUGGAUUUGAUUAGACUAUUGCAAAGCACAAGACAAGAACUGUUUGCCAGGUACUGGAAAGAUGGCUCAGCAGGUAAGAGUGAGCGUGGCUGUUUUGCCAGAGGACCAGGGCUUGAUUCUCAGUGCCCACAUGAUCUGUACUCCAAUUCCAUCACUCAAGUAGUAUACAAACAUAUGUAAAUACAGGCAAGAACAAAGCUAAAAAUGUUAAAAGCUAUUUACCAUAGUUUACCUGCAGUAUGGGGUCUUGGUAAUAAAAAGUCAAUAAGUUGUAUCUGUUAUCUGUUUAUACAGUAGGACAUUGAAUUUUUUCUUCAGUUGUUUCUCCACAUUAAUUUUUUGAAAUAGGGUGUCUUUCACUGAACUUUAGAGAUUGUCACUUUGAGCUACACUGGCUAGAAAUCAACAAGUUUCCACCAACCAAAAUGGGAUCACAGUCAAAUUCUGGCAAGCUCUCACGGAGGUUAGGUUUUCAUGCUUUGCAGCAAGCACUCUACCUAUGGAGCAGCCCCCAUGUCUAUUACCAUUCUAAUCAUCUAGAGUGGCUUUAACAAGUAUGGGCUUUAAUCUCAACUGAGCAAAUUGAUCAAAAACCUAUAUUCCCCAGGGCCUUCUUUGAGGUUUUAAAAUGUUUUAUUCCCUAAUGCCAGUUAUGAAGCUAAGCAGAUUACACAGAACAUGGUCAUCCUCCCAGUGUCCAGGCUUUGCAUCUCCAGAUUGAAAGGACGAAAGUACUUGGGGGAAAAUGCAUCUGUGUAAAUACGUUUAGACAUUUUCAUAUUAGUCAGUAUUCCCCCAGAUACCAUAGCUAUUUUCAUUGUGCUCACAUUGUAGUAGUUAAUGAAGGACAGUAGCACUAGCAUCCCUUGGUUUGUUUCUUACAUCCAUGGAAGGUCCUAAGAACUAGUUCCCCUGGGAUACUGAGGAUGACUGGUUGCAGAUGAAACUCAACACUUUUGACCCUUACAUUCUAGUGACUGAUGUAAGAACAAAAGUUCAGUGCCGGCCUAGGCUACAUUGUGAGACGGUCUCAAGACAAACUGAAGCAGCCACUGGAGGACUGCUACUCCCAUUUCACAGAUAAAGGCCAGGCAAGUAGCGAGACAAGUUAUUUGACUUGAUGAUAUUACUUUAAAAACCUGAAAAGUAGCCAGGGAGGCUGUUCAUCUUAGAACUCCUGGAUAAUAUCUCUCUUUAGAUAAACAUAUUCAGUUGGCCAGUCAACUUCACAACAUUGGUUAGUGUUGGAGCAUGUGACAUGAGCACCGUGUGUGUAUGUCUGUAAGCAAUAAACAUGCUAAGGAUGGAGUACCAUAUAGAACAAGAAUGAAAAUGACAAAAAAAUAGUGUGUCUUUAUUUUCUUCGACUAAUGAUGAGUCAUUUUGAGUAUGCCAGUUUUUACAAAAUAAGUAAACACAAAAAUACAGUCUUUGAUAUUUCCAAGUACAUUUUAUCCAUCUUCUAAUACAGAUUUUUUUAAAAAAAUAUUUAGCUAUUUUUCCAAUUGUUUUUUCAUGUCCAAAGCCCAAGGAGAAUUCCACUGUUCCCCAAUGAUUCUGAUUCUCCCAUGUUCUGUUCUGUUCAUCUCCCUAGCCAAGACUGAGGGAAUACUACUGUGGCAUCCCACACUCACCCCAUAGAUGGGAGUGUAUAGGACUGCCCAGUCGGUAGCACCUUUCCAGCAUUUACACUUUAGUAUUAACAAGAGUGCUAAUGCCAGAAACUAAGUCAUUUCCUCACAGAAAUGGAUUUUUAGAGAGUCCAUUUUAUUUCCUUUUUACCUCUUUAGUAAGUUUUAUAUCUCAAGAUACCUUUCACAGUUUUCAUUUAAAAAUGUAGAGUGCAUUCAGUUUUAACAUUUUUAUCAUGAUCUAAGAAUUGGUAAUUCAGGAUUAUCAUUACAAGUUUUAACAAGUAGUUCCGUGAUUCUGUAGGACAAGAGAAAGCCAUCAGCUGUCAUAAUUUUUUGUUAAACAAACCACUCAAAACAAAUACAAAAAUAUUUAUUGGUUAAAAAAUAGCUUGUAAUUAAUAACUUGGAGCUUCUGUUCCUGUCACUAAGUUCCUUUGCGGACAGACUGUAUUUUCACAUUACGGAGGGAGCUGGGCAUAUGACAUGAAGCAGUUACCCCAGUCACCACCACGUGAGAUCAUGUACAUAAAGACACG